AUGGUUAUUUUAUCACCCGCAUUAGAAGAUGAAUCAAUUUUAAUAAGAAUCAAUUGUCGAACGAAUUUAUUUUAUAACGAGGAUAUUGAUGAAAUUUAUAGUGGCUUUCGUGCUCUUUUAAUUGACAGUGGCUAUUAUUUAAAUGAUCCAUUAAAUGUUUAUGUAGUACGGGAUACGAUCUAUGCUAAUGAUGGAAAAUAUUCUUUAGAAGAUGUUAAGCUUGAGGAUUUGCUGGAAACAAAUGAGAAUGAUAGACAAAAAAAAAAUGAUGCUUAUCGACGUAUUUAUCCAUGGCAAAUAAUAACUGGAAGAUUAUUACGAUAUACAACAGGUAAUGAAUCGUGUUAUACACCUGUUCUUGAAAAGUGCAAUACAAAUAAACAAGGAAAAGAUUUUUCUCUUGCAUUCGAUCUACUUAUUGUUGCUCAGCGAUCAACGACAAUAGCUGAUAUACGUCGCCAACUUGACGAUCAGCUUACACAACAAUUAGAUAUAUUGGAAAAUAGCACGAAGAAUAAAACUCAAAAUGAAAUCAAUCAGACAUUCCGACAUUAUUAUAUUAAACCAAUCAAUCAAAUAGUUACAUUUCUAGAUGGUGAAAAAGAUACAGUUAGAAGCGAAUUUCAAGUAAAAUAUCCUCAGAUAUCAAUGAAUCAACCAUUUAUUUCAAUGGAUUUCGGCGAUGGACAAUUAGCAUCUCUAAUGACUAGUGGAAGAUUAUUUGAUGUACACAAAGGUCUUUCAUCGAGAGUCGAAGAUGGCCAACAAACAUUAGUCGAUGGUCAUUAUGCAUAUUAUCAUUAUAUGCAAGAUAAUUUUGAUGAUAAUAUGUGGGGUUGUGCUUAUCGAUCGUUGCAAACUCUUUGUUCUUGGUUUAUUCUGCAAGGCUAUACAACAAAACCAGUACCGAAACAUUCAGAAAUUCAACAAAUUCUAAUUGAUAUUGAAGAUAAACCAAAAAAAUUUUUAAAUUCUCGUCAAUGGAUUGGCAGUAUGGAAGUAUCAUUUGUUUUACAAAAUUAUUUGGAUGUUGAAUGUAAAAUUAUUCGUGUAGAACGUGGAGCUGAUAUGAUUGAACGUGUACGUGAACUUAUGUCUCAUUUUAAUAAAGAAGGAUCUCCAAUUAUGAUCGGUGGAGGUGUUUUAGCUCAUACCAUAUUAGGUGUGGAUUUCAAUGAAUCAACAGGUGAUUCAAUGUUACUUGUUCUCGAUCCACAUUAUACAGGAGUGGAUGAUAUUAAAACUAUACAAGAUAAAGGUUGGGUUGGUUGGAAACCUUGGUCAUUUUGGUCGCAAGAUGCUUUUUAUAACCUCUGUUGUCCGUUACGACCUAAAAUUGUUUCUUCAUAA